AUGGCGACCACACUCCACCUCUUCCCAAGGCUCGACCCGAAUCAAGGCUGCACGCAGGAUACAUGCGAUGUCUCUAGAUCCAUCUAUGGCUAUCGACCCAACCUUGCAGCCACUGUCAUCUUCUUCUGCAUCUUCGCACUAUCAGGACUCACCUUUGUCUUCCAAGGCAUCAAAUCGCGGACAUGGUUCUUCUCCUCAGUAAUGUUCGUCGGCUGUCUGUCCAUGACCCUUGGCUACGCCGGCAAGCUCAUCCUCAACAACGACCCCUUCUCGGAUGCAGGCUUCAAGCUCACAGUCGUGCUGUUCACGUUCUCACCAGCUUUCUACGCUGCCGGCAUCUACUACACCCUCAAGCACAUCUGCCUCACCUUUGGCGCGAGCUUCAGCCGACUCCGACCACAAUGGUAUACCUACAUCUUCAUCAGCUGCGACUUCCUCAGCAUUGUGCUUCAAGCCGCAGGAGGAGCUGUGGCAUCGGCGUCUGAGGACGAAAGUGUUCUGAAAAUAGGCGACAACAUCAUGAUCUCUGGUCUGGCAUUGCAAGUCGUGACAAUGGUCGCCUUUGCCGCACUCGUCGCCGACUAUGCCUGGGCCGUGAGGCGCAACCUCUAUCGGCUCAACACUGAAACAGCGGUCCUUCGGAACUCGAUUCGCUUCAAGCUUUUCUGUCUCGCACUCUGCCUCUCAUACACAUGCAUCCUGAUCAGAUGCGCUUAUCGACUCGCCGAGCUGUCGAGUGGAUGGAGCGAGGACAACAAGAUUCUUCGCAACGAAGGACUCUUCAUUGGCUUGGACAGCGUGACGUGCGCGAUCGCAGCGGUGGUCUUGAACAUUUGGCAUCCUGGUUGGUGCUUCCCAAAAGAGCAACAGGGUACUGCAACCAAGUCUGCCUCGAGCGACAGUGGUAGCGAUGAUGAGAAGGUGGAUGUAUGA